UUUACUCCUGAUAUAACAUAAAUAUCCUCGACAUAAAUAUUACGGAGUGGAGUGUCUUGGUUUUCUAAACAACCUCAACUUGAUAAUACUGUACUUUAGUAGGACACUACUCUGACUCCAUCCAUCAAUCAUGGCUUUCUUCUCCCUCCACUUCUCUGUUCUCUUCCUCCUUCAACCUCUGUAUUCCGCCGCAAGCCUCCACAGCUCCGCCUCGCUAUUCAGAUCGCAGCUCCUUCCAGAGCAUUCCCAGAAUGAGUCCCUGACUACCUACUUCGAAGUCACUAAGCCCAUAAAAGUCCCAAACACCAAGCCUUGCUCAUACCUACUUCUCCAACAUGAUUUCGCAUAUACCUAUGGGAAGCCGCCUGUUCUUGCAAACUACACGCCCCCUUCGAAUUGCCCAUCCCAGAACUUCUCUAAAAUUGUUCUUGAAUGGGAAGCCACCUCUAAAGGCAGGCAAUUUGACCGGAUCUUUGGGGUCUGGCUCGGCGGGGUUGAGAUCCUCCGCAGCUGCACCGCCGAGCCUAGAGCUACGGGUAUUGUGUGGACAGUUAAGAAGGACAUUACCAGGUAUUACCCAUUGCUGAUGGGUAGUGAUCAGAUUCUUGCUGUUUAUAUGGGCAACCUUGUUGAUGAUACUUAUACUGGCGUUUAUCAUGUGAACAUCAAGAUUCAUUUUUAUCCAUAUGAAGAAAAGUCUAGUUAUUAUUCUGGCAUUGGAUCGAACGGGUUCGGUUCUAUAGCUGAUUUGAUACUUCCAGUUUCGAGAAACUUGCCCUUGAAUGAUGGGUUGUGGUUUGAGAUCCAGAAUUCAACGGACAUCUCCUCACAGCAGGUCAAGAUUCCUCAAAAUACUUAUAGGGCUGUAUUGGAGGUAUAUGUGUCAUUUCAUGAAAAUGAUGAGUUUUGGUUUGGGAACCCUCCUAACGAUUACAUAGCUGCAAAUAACCUUAGUGAUUCCUUAUCUGGGAAUGGACCAUUUAGAGAGGUUGUUGUCAGUCUGGAUGGUGAAGUAGUGGGAGCAGUUUGGCCCUUCACUGUGAUUUAUACCGGAGGCGUAAAUCCUCUCUUGUGGAGACCCAUUACUGCUAUUGGUUCAUUUGAUCUUCCUUCGUAUGACAUCGAGAUAACUCCCAUGUUAGGGCUGUUAUUAGAUGGGAAGAGUCACAAGAUCUCAUUCAGUGUCACAAAUGCUCUUAAUGUUUGGUAUAUUGAUGCAAACUUGCAUCUUUGGUUGGAUGGCAAUAGUGAGAAAACAGAAGGGAAGCUCAUAGAACAAAAAAGCUUCCCUCUUUCCUUCUCUCAGUUGUCAAAUUUCACUGGCUUAAAUGGAUCCUUUCUGACAGAGUCGAAUCGGACCAUACAGUUUACUGGAUGGGUGAAUUCAUCUCAUGGAGUGGUUCAUACCAAAGCAGUUCAAGACUUCAAGUAUAGCAGUUUUAUGAUUAUGGGGAAUAAAGGGAAUAUGCAGAUUGUAAAUCAGACAAUUAAUUCCCAGGACGCUGUUUAUUUCAAGAAGUCAUCUUCUUCUAUUCAGUCCUUUGAAUCUGCUAAGAAGUUUUAUGUGUAUAUGCAUUCUGAUCAAAUAGUUCAAGGAAAUAAAUCAUAUUCUUCUUUGGCAAAUGUAACAUUGGGAUUCAAUGAAAAGAGGAUCAAAUCUUCUGGUUCAAGAUUUUCCACUAGUUCUCUCAGGAAUUUACAGAAAGGGCAGGGAUCCAUGCUGGUGAAGGGUAAUUUGGUUGUCAGUGGGUUGGGGAGUACCCAGCAAGCAUACCAUUAUCAUGAAGAUUCUUUUUGCUACUCUAGAGAUAUUGACAGUUCAAACUACACUAUCCUCCAUGACAAAGAGAGCUAUGCUUGCAAAAAAGGACAUAGUAGUCAUCUUCCAGCCUGAAGGGCCAUUUCGGCCUCCUAGUUUAGUAGCAUGUAGUAUUUAUUAAUUCUGCAUUUUUAUCAUUAGUAUUUAGCACUACGUAUAAUGUAUGUUCAUAUUUAUCAUUAGUAUAUUGAAUGUUCCAAAUUGCUGGUGUAUUGAUUCAAUAAUUUGAUUCAACCAAUAGGGUUGUGGAUUACGAUGACCAUUGUUAAAACCUGUAAAAAGAUUCAAUAAGAUGGUGGUUACCCUAUUCCGACCGCCUCGACAUGAAUAUGUUAGUCUUUCAUACAAACGUG